AUGGCUAGCGAGGCCACUGCAAGAGCGAGAGAUCGUGAAGAUUUUGAGGAGGGCGAGUUGGAAGAGGGUGAGCUAGAGAUGGAUGAAGGAGAGGGGGCUUCAGUUAAUUACCCAAUCAUAUUGUCGUCGUCGUCGUCGCUGCUGACGUCGUCGUCGUCGUCCACAACCACAAUGUCGUCGCUACAGGCACAAACAUUGAUGCUACAAAAAGCAGUAACGACGACAGCCGGGCGAUCCCAUUCUCGGAAGCGAUCUUUAGAGGGGUGUUCAAGUCAGGCACUCAACGACAGCAACAACAAUGAAGAGGAUGGAAAGAAGAGGAGAUCAAAGAAGAGGAAGAGGAAAAAUGGCGAUGAAGACAUUGGCGUUGAUACUGAGGAUUUGAAGACGCGCGUACGCCACAGAAGUCGCGAGUCCGCUCGGCGACAUCGCCACCAUCAACAGCAACUACAUCGGCGUCAUCAUCGCUGUGAAAACGACGGCCAACAACAACAGCAACUACAUGAACAUCAGCAGCAACAACAACAACAACAACAACAUCAGUACGAACAAACCUUCCAACAACAACAUCAACAAUACCACAAGAACGACGACGUUGAACCGCCUCUGAAAAAACCAAAAGGGAGCCACUCCAUAUCAUCUGGCCCCUACGGUUCGCCCUACAAUAGCGGCAGGGAUGGUCUAAAUAAUAAUAAUAAUAAUAAUAACAACAACAAUAAUAAUAAUGAAAAUAAUAAUGCCGGUUUUGAUAGAGAGAGGAAAUAUGCGGGAAAUAAUGAUGAUGAUGAUGACGAUUAUAACGACGACGAUGGUUACGGAGAAGGAUAUCUUGGACCCCCUCACCCUACCUACAGGAAUAUGUCCAGGGGUAGGGGAGGAAGUGCCGCGAGAGGGGGUGCGGCGGGAGGGGUCCGACGGAGAGGGGGCCCAAGGAAGACGACCCCGAUGGCGAACAAGUCAGAUUUUGAUGAUAGGCCUUUGGUCUGCAAGUAUUUUCUGGAUAACAAGUGCAUUAAGGACUACCACGUCCGCGGCAAUUGCCAGUACGGCGAAAAGUGUCGGUUCAGUCAUGAGGCUCUUGAUUUUGAAACCAGUGAACUGCAACAGCAUCCACAACAACAACAUCUGCAUCAGCAACAACAACAACAACAGUCUCCAUUGUUAGCAGACAGGAAAAAGAUCCCGUCUCUUUUAGAAUUAGAAAUACCACCGCCCACAUUCAUCCACAGCAUCAAUAACGAUGACGUCAUUAUCAACAACAACAACGUUGACAACAUCAACAACAACGACAAUUAUUUCAACAGUAACAACAACAAACAGCCGUUGUUGAAAAAUUCGCCCAGAGGCUAUUACAACAACAACAACAACUAUUACUAUGAUCGAAACGAGUACGGCGGUGGUGAUGAAAACAAUCGCGGCCGCCCCGGUUAUGAUGAUGAUCGUAAUAAUAAUAAUGAUAAUAAUAAUAAUAAUAGCGAGACUUUUUGGGAUUAUCAACAAUAUGAUAGAGAAUUUUCGAUUGAAAACAACAGCAGCAACAACAACAACAACAAUAAUAAUAACAUUACUAAUGAUAUGGACGAUGGUAACAAAGAUAAUACAGAUGACGUCACCAAAGAUUAUGAAAAAGAUGUGGCAGGGGCCGAUAAUACAAACAAUCGCCCAAGAUGUGAUGAUGGUAACGAUUGCGAUGGUGAUAUUGCGAACAAUGAUAAUGAUGCUACAAACAAAGAAAAGAAAAGAAGAAAAAAAUCAAGAUUCGAUUCAGCUGAUGACGUCAACAACAACAAUAAUAAUAAUAACGAUGAUGAUAAUGAUAAAAAUCUGAAUGAUGAUUUUGACCAAUUAGAACAUCAACAACAACAACAUCAUCAGCAGCAACAGCCAUUAAAUCAACAACCGCAUCAACUAUAUCCACAGCAGCCACCACCAUUGCUUCUACAGCAGCAUCUACAACAACAGCAGCUACUGCUACAACAACAUCCGCAACAACAACAACAACAGCAACAAUAUCCACCUCAGCAGCAGUUCUCCACUCUGGCUCAGAAUAUUUUGAGAAUGAAUUCCAACAUUAACAACACUAGCAACAACAACGCUGUGAACUUUAAUGACAACAACAACAACACCAACAUGCUAAUCAACAGAUUUCCAAACAACAACAACAGUAGCAUCAUCAUCAACAACAACAACAACAUGUCAACAAACAACCAGCCGGGAUUGUUGGGAGCACCUCCGGGACCGCCUCUACUAAAUAACACCCCGUGUCUCGUCAACCCCCUCCCAAUCCCGUUCAACCCACCGCGGCCUCAGUUAUCACAACUAAUCCACGCACCACCUCCUCUGCAACCACCCCAACUACAUCAGCAACAACAACUUCAACAGCAGCUUCAUCAUCAGCAGCAACAACAGCAGCAGCAACAACAAAAUUUUUCUGGAUUGCUCGGUAGAGCUCCAGGAUUUUUCUCCAACUUACCCCAGCUGCCUAAUCAGCAGCCAGUCGGCCAGAUAGCUCCAUUUUCUAAUCCACCACCGUUCGAUCUUGGCCAAAUUCUUAGCAACAUUGUUAGAAAUACAGCAGUCGCUGCUCUAACCAACCAAACGCCUGCUGGCUUUUUAGUUAAUAACAACAGUAGCAGUAGUAAUAGCAGCGUUGCUGCUGCUGUGGCUGCUGCAAAAGCAGCUGCCGCUGCUGCAAAAAUAGCCGCUGCUAGCAAUCCUGUAGUUGAUGCAGAGUCAAUUCUGAACUCGAAGCAAGGCAUUCAAAGUGAGGUGGUCAAUAAUAACAACAGCGCUUCUAGCAGCAGCAGCAGUAAAUCCAACUAUCAACGAAACAAUUUGAACAUCAUCAAAGGUUAUGAUGAUGACAACAACAACAACCACCUCUUCAGAAAAUUUGACAUUAAACCAUCAAACGACAAAGACAAUGUACCAAAUAAUGACGACAACAACAAUAGUAUUAUUAAUGCUGGCGACAUUAACAGAGCAGAUAACUAUAACGAAGAUAUGAAUGUUAGCAAACCAGCAUUCGUUGAUCCACGCAUUAGAAACAGCAACCAGAUGGCCACAGCUAUUGACAGGGCUAAUAAAACUGACGCUGCUACUACUAUUCUUGCCACGACCACUUCCACCACAGCUGCAACAGCAGUCAGUAAAGUUGUUAACAAUGAAACAACAUCAAAGACUUUAACGUCAUCAGCAGCUGCAGCAGUAGCGGCAACAGCAAGCAAAGAAAAUAAAGACAUAGAAAUGAAAGUUACAAAGAUUCCCUACAUUCUGCGCUCCAUAAGUUUGGAAACAUUAAACCGACCUACCAUUCCGAUCGACAUUUUGGCAAGCUGCACCCCGGAGACCAAAGAAAUGUUUGACUUGGACCCAAGAAUGAAAAAUUAUUUGAAACCGUCUCUAGCUGAACUUCCGUUGAACUUUGACAUCAUGCACUCAUCUCCUACGUCAAAUUUGACAUCCGGGGAGGGUAAAUCUAACAACCAGAGGCAUUCUUCAAGAGUGAAAUUAGAUACGUACAAGCCGUCAUCCUCUCAUUCAUUUAUUUCGUCUCCUCCAUCCAUCUUCCCACCAGAACCCAGCAAAAAAAUUUACAGUCUGCCUGAUAUCGUUCUACCGCAGACAACUCUCCCGGCGGAUUUGGAAGAAAGCAAAUUAGGUAAAGACGUAAUGAAAGUUAGGAGAAGUUCAUCCAUUCAGUCGCCACCAGCUGCUGGCAUCAAAAGUCCGUCUGCUUCUUUGAAUAUCAGUCAGCAGAAACCAUUUCAGAUUCCCAAGGCACUGAUAGAAUGGAACGCUCCACCGCUGACGACCAAGUCCAUCGGACCAACAGCCAUCGGAUUCGAAUGCGAAGCCAGCGAUACAACGAAAAGUUCGCCAACAUCAGACAAGACCACUAAGAAGGUUAUUGACUAUCGAAAUGAUCCCAGAUACAAGAAGAAAAAGUUGAGGAGUAAAAGUGAAGAAGAUAAUGAUAAAAGUGAUACUGCUACCACCACCACUACUACUACUGCUACUAAUAGCAGUAGUAGUAUUGUUGAUAGUAAUAAUGAUGAUAGUAGUGUGGUUAAGACUGAGGAGUGUUUAGCCUUUAAAGGUAAGGAAGUUGCGAUGAACAAUGGAGCUUAUUACGAAGGCCGAGAAGACAUAAACCAUUUUCACAAACUGAAACCAACUACAACAGCAGCCCCACCAAACUCAACGGCGCCAUCAACAGCAGCAACAACAACAACCCAGAUAACAUCAUCAUCAUCAUCACCACCACCGCCGCAGACAUCAUCAUCAUCAUCGUCGUCGUCCUCACAACAACCAACGUCAUCGUCGUCAUCGCUUCUUCACAGCCCAUCUCCACCGCUGGAUUUUUUCCCGCCCAUCGCCAGAUACCAGCCCGAGACGUUCUACCUAGAUCCGAUGAUGAUUGAUGAAUACGACGAUACCGAUUCUAACGCUCCGUCGACACCAUCUGCCGGACCAUCGCUAUCGAAAAUCGACGAAUGCUUCUACUCCCGAUACAUCGAUCGAGAACCGUCGGUAUUGUCAACCGCCUCGUCGUCGUCGUCUCUUAAUGAAGCUAGCAGUGGCAUCGGCGGUAGUGGUAGUAGUAGUAGUGGUGGUGGUGGUGCGACGCACAUCUCUGUUCCUAACUCAAUACCGUUUUUUCCGGCUGCUGAAAAUGACGACGACCUAAUGGAUUCCUCUGUUGAAGUUAACGUUAAGGAUAUGUUUAAGACCAUAGAUCCCACUACAUCGCCAUUUUGUUAAUGGUUUUUUUUUUAGAGAAAGAGUUGAAUUUUUAUUUCUUUGAAUGUUCUUCCUUCGAGAUGGAUUUUUCUUUUCAACUGUUUGUUUCUUUUUCAAUUAAGUCUAAAUAUUUUGUUAGCGGCUCACUUUUAUAUUCGUUUGUGACGUUCAAGAUAGCGAUGAUGACGAUAAUGAUGAUGAUGGUGAUACUGAUGGUAAUAAUAAUAAUAAUAAUAACAAUAAUGAUGAUUGCGACGAUGGUGGUAAUAGCAAUGAUGAUGGUUCGAUCGAUUAUUUAUUUUUCUCUGUAUAUAAAUAAUUGUACAUACUUGAGUUUUUGUGAAAGUUUGUAUGUAUGUAUGUGUGUGUUGGUGUCUGUGUUUGUAAAAAGUAUACAAUACCAGAUAUUUGAAAAACAUUAUCUGGAUGAAGCUACGUGUUUAACUAGUUAGUUUUGUUUCGUCUAAUUAUUUAUUUGUAAAUUUUUGUUUAUAAAUUCAGUUUUGUCUUUAAAUAAAUAAGGGAAUGUAUUUUUAAACUUUUGUCUGAGGUGAGAUGUGUCUUGUGAGGAAUUGAUAUGUAGAAGAUUUGUUUCUUUCGUUUUUAGAAAUAUUACUAUUAUUUUUAGACCCAAGCAAUUAUUAUUGUGGUUAUUAUAUUGUCAAAAAAUAAAAAACUUUCAAUAAAGUUUAACGUAUAAUUCUUCAAUAUAGUUCAGCUCUACUACAUAUAAUAACAAACAUACAUUAAUAAACAUUUUUAUUGUGAUAGUGUCAUAAACAACACGUAUAUAUAUAUAUAUAUAUAUUAAAAAUGACAUUACGUACUUUUUAUAUAUGUGUGUUUGUACAGGUUGAACAACAAAACGAAAUAAAAACAAACUGAUA